AUGAAGGUCGAGUUCGCCCCGCUGAACAUCCCGCUGCGGAGGAGGCUGCAGACCGCCGCCGUACUGCAGUGGGUCUUCUCCUUCCUGGGGCUAGCUCAGUGCUGUCUUGCUGCCUUCGUCCUCCUGGCUCUCUCUGAUUGGUGGAUGCUGGCCCUGCUCUAUGCUGGUUGGCUGUGGUUGGACUGGGACACGCCCACCAGCGGGGGUCGGAGGUCACAGUGUCUGCGGACCUGGAGGGUCUGGGACUACUUCAGGGACUACUUCCCCCUGACGCUGGUUAAAACUGUUGAUCUGGAUCCAAAGAAAAACUACAUCUUCGGAUUUCAUCCGCACGGUGUGCUGGUAGCGGGGGGGUUUGGGAACUUCUGUACGGAGGCGACAGGUUUCUCUCGUCUGUUUCCUGGACUGACGUCUCACCUGCUGAUGCUGCCAUUCUGGUUCAGAGUGCCGCUCUUCAGAGACUACAUCAUGUGUGGAGGCCUGGUGUCCAGCUCUAAGUCCAGCCUGUCGUACCUGGUCAGUCGUCCUGAAGGAGGUAACGUGGCUGUGAUUGCGGUGGGCGGAGCUCCAGAGGCUCUGGACGCCCGUCCAGGAGCUCUGACUCUCCAGGUCCGAAACAGGAAGGGCUUCAUCAAACUGGCCCUCAAACAUGGAGCUCAGCUGGUUCCUGUCUUCUCUUUUGGAGAAAACGAGCUGUUUGAUCAGAUGGAGAACCCGAGUGGAUCUCCUCUGAGGAGGCUGCAGAAUCGGCUGCAGAGCAUCAUGGGAGUAGCAAUGCCUCUGUUUCAUGCCAGAGGAGUUUUCCAGUACAGCUUUGGACUGAUGCCCUACAGGAAGCCCAUCAACACCGUCGUGGGGAAGCCGAUCUCGGUGGUCCAGACUCCCAGUCCGAGCAGCGAGGACAUCCACAGUCUUCAUCAGAUUUACCUGCAGAGUCUGACUGAACUGUUCGAGCAGCACAAACACAAAUACGGCCUGGAGGAGCACCAACACCUCACCUUCAUCUGACGCAAGCAUCACCUGCAGAUCACCUGCACCCUCCCCUCACCUGUCCUUCUGCUGUCCCUCAGUCGCAUAUAGUUCUGGUGGUGCCACCGGGUUUUCAUUGGUUCUGAUGGAGCCAACGGGUUUGUUCAGGUGUUGCAGGUGUUAGAUUGAACCACUGAUUUGCAUACUGGAUGCUAACCCUGCUAGCAACACUCAGUGACUUGACUGAAGAAUGCUAACACUGCAUUCAAAAUCCACUGGUUUGUCUGAAGGAUGCUAACAGUGUUAGCAGGGCCAGUACAUUCAAAGGGAUAGUUCAUGUUUUUUGAAGUGGGAGCAUAUAAAGUACAUAUCUAUAGUCGAUCUGUUUC